AUGGUCGGCAAGGGCUGCCACUGGGGUCCCCUGGCGGCGAGCGAGGUCUCUGCCUGCUGGCCAGUUCCUGCCUGCUGCAAAGCAGAGGCGCUGCGGAAGCGCAGCCGGGUCGGCUCCAUGGCCUUCAUUCGGAAGAGGCGGCAGGAGCACCAGCUCUACUCCAAGGAGAGGUUUUCAUUGCUGCUCCUUAAUCUGGAGGAAUACUAUUUUGAACAGCAUACAGCUAAUCACAUUGUUAACAAGGAUGGCAGAGACAGAAGGAAAAAUAGAGGAUCGCUAAAAAUUUGUUCAAAAUCAGUGAUAUUUGAACCUGAUGAAAUAAGCCACCCAAUUAUCAAGAUCCCUUUGAGAGACUGCAUUAAAAUAGAAUCACCGGAAGUUCAUGACAGAAACAAUUCCUUCACAGGGGGUACCCCUGGACAAAUUUCUAUUACAUCUAAUCAGGCUUUUCUUACUAAAGAGAAAAACAUUAUUGCACCCUUUAAAACUGAAAGAGGGAAAACUGAAUACAUAUUUCAACUGGAUGUUGCUGGAAAGGUUGAAGAUGUUGUACAUGCCCUUCACCAGCUAUACAGGGCUUCUCACUUGGAAAAGCUAGGAGACCAGGCUGCUAUGAUAACUGCUAUACUACAAUCACGUUUGGCCAGGGCACCAUUUGAUAAGAACAGAUUUCAGAAUGUUUCUGAAACCUUGCAUAUGGAAUGCAAAGCUGAAAUGGUCACUCCAUUGGUGACUAAUCCAGGACAUGUAUGCAUCACUGAUGCAAACCUGUAUUUCCAGCCUCUUAAUGGCUACCCUAAACCUGUAGUUCAAGUGAUGCUGCAUAGCGUCAGACGUAUCUAUAAAAGAAGACAUGGCCUGUUGCCAUUGGGUCUGGAAGUAUUUUGCACUGAGAAUGAUCUGUGUUCAGACAUCUAUUUGAAGUUCUACAACACUCAGGAUCGAGAUAACGUCUACUUCUACGUGGCAACAUAUUUAGAGAAUCAUGUUGCGGAACACACGGCAGAGAGUUACAUGUUACAAUGGCAACGAGGGCAUAUAUCCAAUUACCAGUACCUUCUCCACCUCAACAACCUGGCUGAUCGGAGCUGCAAUGACCUCUCCCAGUAUCCUGUAUUUCCUUGGAUCAUAGCAGACUAUUCUAGUUCAGAAUUGGACUUGACAAGGCCAGAAACUUUUCGAGACCUCAGUAAGCCAGUAGGUGCACUAAACAGAGAGAGACUGGAAAGAUUAUUGAUGCGUUAUCGGGAAAUGCCAGAACCAAAGUUUGUUUAUGGCAGCCACUACUCUUCACCGGGAUAUGUUCUGUUUUAUCUUGUCAGAGUUGCACCAGAAUACAUGCUUUGUUUACAAAAUGGGAAGUUUGACCAUCCUGACAGAAUGUUCAACAGUAUUGCAGAAACCUGGAAGAACUGUUUGGAUGGAGCAACAGACUUCAAAGAGUUGAUCCCUGAAUUCUAUGAAAAUGAUUCCAGCUUCCUUGUGAAUAGUCUUAAACUGGACCUGGGGAAGACACAAGGAGGGAAGAUGGUUGACAAUGUUGAACUUCCCCCUUGGGCAUCAGAUGCUGCUGAUUUUCUUCAGAAGACCCAAGAUGCCUUAGAAAGCCAGUAUGUGUCAGAACAUCUUCAUGAAUGGAUUGACUUAAUAUUUGGCUACAAGCAGAAGGGCAGUGAAGCUAUUGCAGCUCACAAUGUUUUUCACCCAUUAACAUAUGAAGGAGGAGUAGAUUUGACCAGAAUUAUGGACCCAAAUGAGAGAGUAGCUCUGCUGACACAAAUCUUGGAGUUUGGACAGACUCCAAAACAGCUGUUUACAAUUCCACAUCCGCGGAGGAUAAUCCCAAAUUUCAAAGGUUUAUCUCGAGCAUCUAGCCAGAGUCAGUCUUUGAAUGAGUCUCCAGAAUCUUUUGAGGAUCUGACAGAAGAAAGCAUAACACUUGCCUGGAACAACAUGAACAAAUUAAAGCUGGAAGAGCAGCACAAGAUUCAUAGAGGGGCAGUUACUGGAAUUGCUGUGCCUUCUAGUUCAAAUCAGUCUAUCUUUACUACAUCUCAAGAUUCAACCUUGAAGAUGUUUUCUGCAGAAUUAAAAACUCUCCAGAGGAGUGUGUCUUUCUCAAACAUGGCUUUGUCAUCGUGUUUAAUUUUACCAGGUGAUACCACUGUUGUGUGUUCUUCGUGGGACAACAAUAUUUAUUUCUAUUCAAUUGCCUUUGGAAGACAGCUGGACACCUUAAUAGGCCACGAUGAUGCCGUCAGCAAGAUCUGCUGGCACAAUGACCGUUUAUAUUCUGCCUCUUGGGAUUCAACUGUAAAAGUGUGGCACUGUGUUCCUACGGAAUUGUUAGGCUUUAAGAAACGUUUUGAAUUGCUUGCUGAAUUGGAACACGAUGUUAGUGUAAAUACAAUCAACUUGAAUGCUGCACAUACACUGCUAGCAUCAGGAACCAAAGAAGGCAUCAUUACUAUCUGGGAUGUUACUACUGCUUCUGUGUUGCAUCAACUUGCUUGCCAUUCAGGAACUGUCUCCGAUGCUGCUUUUAGUCCCGAUAGCCGGCACCUGCUAAGCACAGGAGAAGAUGGCUGCUUUAAAGUGACAGAUGUGCAAACGGGGAUGAUUAUCUCUUCCGUGGCCUCAGAGCAGCCACAAAGAUGUUUCAAGUGGGAUGGCAAUACAGUGUUAUCAGGAAGCAAGUCAGGAGAACUACUUAUUUGGGAUAUAGUUGGAGGAAAAAUAGUAGAAAGAAUCAAAGGACAUACAGGUGGCAUAACUUGUAUGUGGAUGAAUGAGCCAUGUAGCAGUCUCAUCACCGGAGGGGAAGACAGACAAAUCACAUUCUGGAAACAGCAAUACUAAGUGCCUUCCACCUCAUAUAUAAGCUCUCAAAAUAUUUUAAACUUUUAAAUGGACUCAAUCCUCCUGUAAAUGUGUGCUGGGGUCCAGAUGGCGUUUGUUGCUUGUGGCUGAAGCGUCUAAAGAUACCAGAUUAUCAUGCACUUGUAUUUCUUUAUGGAUGUAAUUACAGCUGAGCAUGCUUGCCUAAAUACCAAGAUAAUAAAAGACUUAUUUUUCUGUAA